CAUAAAAUUAAUUCUAUAAUUACCACCUCUUCUUUAUGUUUUACUGAUUCUUUUGUUCAAAUAUUUAUACCCUACAUUUAGGAAAUAACCUUCUGAUCAUUUUUAUUUCUUACCUAAUAGAAGAACAGAGAUUUCUCCCAUGCAGCCCUUUGCUGUCUCACUGGCACACCUGAUAUGUUUCUUUUCAGAUAAUUUUUCUCUAUAGAAUUUAUGUAGAACUUUCAUAGCAAUAUUAAAGAUAGACAUAGCAACAGAAAGAGGUCCUUUGAAUUAUACAUUUAGGACAUACCACAGAAAUUAAUAAUUCUCAGGCCACUGUCUUAAAUUGUUUUUGUAAGAAAGUUGCUCAGUUUAUAUACAUAGAACACACAGGGCUACAUCCUAAGCAGGGAACCAGUUUUACUUAAAAUUUAUAUCUCAGAAAGUACUUAAAUUAUUCUACUUAAUAUGCAUAUACUAUAUUCCUUUGAAUGACAAGUUAUGAAAUAUUUUGCUAAUUUGACCCUUCCUGAUAAUUUCUGAAAAGUCUAGUGAAUACAACGAAUGAACACCAUCUCUGAAAAUUGUUUUAAUAUCUUUUUUUGCAGAGUCAGAAAUAAUUAUUUUAAAUUAAUAAUUAAACAGAUUGUUAUUCACUAUAAAAUAAUUUUACUGGACAUUAUACCAAUUUCUUCUUAGGGUUCCCCAAUUAAGUAGAACUUUAAAAACAAUACUGCUCAUUUUGCUAGAUUUUAGUAGGUCAGCAUGCACACCAAAAGUAUAUUAAGGUGGACUGCUCCAUUUAUUGAUUUGCAGUGAAUCUGCUAAAGGCUCGAGGCAGUUGUCUGCGGAAGGGGCGGGAGGGCCAUACAUGAUUGAGGUCAUGCGCAUCUAGCCAAUUUGUAAGACGAUCCAGCGGCUCCAAGCCAUCAGCAAUCCUUAGCAUAGGGGCACACUCAAGCAUUCUUGUCAAGUCAUCUUGUGAAAGGCUGCCUGCUUCCAGCUUGGCUUGGAUGUACAACCUUAAUAAAACUCACUGAGGUCUGGAAGAAAAUAGCAGAUCUGCAGCAGAUAGGGUAGAGGAAAGGGUCUAGAAUAUGUACACGCAGCUGACUCAGGCAGGCUCCACGCUGAACGGUUACACAGAGAGGAAACAAUAAAUCUCAGCUACUAUGCAAUAAAUAUCUCAAGUUUUAACUAAGGAAACUAUCAUUACAGUGAAAUUAAAAAAAAUAACAUUUUAGAACAAAGCUAACAAAUGGCUAGUUUUCUGUGAUUCUUUUGCAAAGGCGUUCUUUGAGAGGGAAAAAGUCAAACAAACAAGCAGUUUUACCUGAAAUAAAGAACUAGUUUAAAGGUCAGAAGAAAGGAGCAAGUUUUGCGAGAGGCACAGAACGAGAGUGCUGGCAAUACAAUGACAGUUUUCCUUUCCUUUGCUUUCCUCGCUGCCAUUCUGACUCACAUAGGGUGCAGCAACCAGCGCCGAAGUCCAGAAAACGGUGGGAGAAGAUAUAACCGGAUUCAGCAUGGGCAAUGUGCCUACACUUUUAUUCUUCCAGAACACGACGGGAACUGUCGUGAGAGUACGACAGAUCAGUACAACACAAACGCUCUGCAGAGAGAUGCUCCACACGUGGAACAGGAUUUCUCUUCCCAAAAACUUCAACAUCUGGAGCAUGUGAUGGAAAAUUAUACUCAGUGGCUGCAAAAAAUUGAGAAUUACAUUGUGGAAAAUAUGAAGUCGGAGAUGGCCCAGAUACAGCAGAAUGCAGUUCAGAACCACACGGCCACCAUGCUUGAGAUAGGGACCAGCCUCCUCUCUCAAACCGCAGAGCAGACCAGAAAGCUGACAGAUGUUGAGACCCAGGUACUAAAUCAAACUUCUCGACUUGAAAUACAACUGCUGGAGAAUUCAUUAUCAACAUACAAGCUAGAGAAGCAACUUCUUCAACAGACAAAUGAAAUCCUAAAGAUUCAUGAGAAAAACAGUUUAUUAGAACAUAAAAUCUUAGAAAUGGAGGGAAAGCACAAGGAAGAAUUGGACACCUUAAAGGAAGAGAAAGAGAAUCUUCAAGGUUUGGUUACUCGUCAAACAUAUAUAAUCCAGGAACUGGAAAAACAAUUGAACAGAGCCACCACCAAUAACAGUGUCCUUCAAAAGCAGCAGCUGGAGCUGAUGGACACAGUGCAUAAUCUCGUCAACCUUUGCACUAAAGAAGUUUUACUAAAGGGAGGAAAAAAAGAGGAAGAAAAACCAUUUAGAGACUGUGCAGAUGUAUAUCAAGCUGGUUUUAAUAAAAGUGGAAUCUACACUAUUUAUAUUAAUAAUAUGCCAGAACCCAAAAAGGUAUUUUGCAAUAUGGAUCUUAAUGGGGGAGGUUGGACUGUAAUACAACAUCGUGAGGAUGGAAGUCUAGAUUUCCAGAGAGGUUGGAAAGAAUAUAAAAUGGGUUUUGGAAAUCCCUCUGGUGAAUAUUGGCUGGGGAAUGAGUUUAUUUUUGCCAUAACCAGUCAGAGGCAGUACACACUGAGAAUCGAGUUAAUGGACUGGGAAGGAAACCGAGCCUAUUCACAAUACGACAGAUUCCACAUAGGAAAUGAGAAGCAAAAUUACAGGUUGUAUUUAAAGGGUCACAGUGGGACAGCAGGAAAACAGAGCAGCCUGAUCUUACAUGGUGCUGAUUUCAGCACUAAAGAUGCUGAUAAUGACAACUGCAUGUGCAAAUGUGCCCUCAUGCUAACAGGAGGCUGGUGGUUUGAUGCUUGUGGCCCAUCCAAUCUAAAUGGAAUGUUCUAUACAGCGGGACAGAACCAUGGAAAACUGAAUGGGAUAAAGUGGCAUUACUUCAAAGGGCCCAGUUACUCUUUACGUUCCACAACUAUGAUGAUUCGACCUUUGGACUUUUGAAAGUACAAUAUCAGAAGUGAUCAUAAAAGCCACAGAGAAAUCUGGAGAAGCCACCAAAUGAGAAAUUGCGUGAAAACUUCUGAGACAAACAGUAUCGUCUCCCUUCCAGCAACAAGUAGCAGUUAUGUGAAAUCACCAAGGUUCUUGACUGUGAAUGUAGAAUCUUUUGAGUUCACAGAAGUCUCUACUUGGGGUGACUGUGUUCAUAUGGCUUGACUACAGAGAAUGCCACUCACUGUCAUGCUUUAAAAAGGGAAGAAACUGUUUAGCUCUCUGUGCUUCAAACUACUACUGGAUCUUAUUUUGGAACUUUGGUAGCCAGAUGAUAAACAUGGUCUAUUUCAUGUAAAACGGAAGACAAAUAAGAAAAUAGGAACAACAACAAAAAAAGAGUAUACAUGAAGGAUAAAAACAGGCCUGCUAUAAUUCUUUGGAAAAGAUGUGUUGCACCAAUAAAUGGUGUUAUUUCUAUGCAAACCCACUAACAAUAAGUUUGUACUGUUGCACAAUUUUAAUAAAAGUUCAGAAAGAUUAGCAUUGCUCUCUGAGUUGGUUAAAUGGAUUUCAGAAGCCUAAUUCCUAAAUCAUACUUACAAGUUGAUGUCAGUUAACACAUCUUCAAAUGUAAAUUCCAUUUUGUUAAACUAUGAAGAAUUGUAGUGCAUGAAGAAUAGCAGUGUGAGGUAGAAACACAGUCCAUUACUCUGAUAUUUUGGAUGCAGUUUUCAGAAAAAAAAGUGGACAGUUCAAAUAUGGACAUAUAAGGUGAAAAAUUAUCCCCCCCAUGCUUCAGUUUUCAUUUACUUUAAAAAAAUAACUGACUUAUAUAUAAAUAUAUUUAUAGCCUGAGUAAAGUUUAAAGAAUGUGAAAUAUACUUCAAGCCCUUAAAACAAUACACAUGCAUUUAAUAUUUCCUUUGAUAUUAUACAUGAAAGCAGUAUUUUAGAGUGUGUUAGUUGAAAUAAAACCAAGUAAACUGGAACAGCUCAUUUUAUAGUAUCUUCUUGCAUAUGUACACUUAAGUGUAACUUCAUUAUUUUUAAAAUGAUCUUAGUUCUUCACCAUGUUAUUUCAUGUUAAUUUAAUUUUUGCUAAUUAACUGAAACUUACUUUCCAGAUUCACCCUGUUCCAGCUUCUAUAAGAGAUACAAUUUGAAGUCUAUGAAAAGUGAAAGAAGAAUUAUAAAUACCAUUGUACAUAGCAUGUCUAUAUCCACAGUAAACCUAAUAGGUGUUUGAUCUGGAAUAUGAAGUGUCUUCAAUUGAUGCAAAUAAACACAUUUUCAAAAAAAAUCUACCAUAGCACUUUAUGAAACAUGUUAUUUACUCAUGUUUUUUUUUCCUUGUCUGUUUUCUUAGGCAAUUUCUGAUUUUAAUACAUUAUUAUUAGUGGAAAAAAUUGUCGAGACUUUAUGUUACAUGCUAAGGAAAACACACCCCCAAAAAGAAAAUUAAUCACAGUCACUUGACUAAGAUAAUUCUAAUUAAUAGUCACUAUAAAUCUCUUAAUAAAAAUAUUCCUACGUGAUAAUCUAUUUUUAGUGAAUUUUGGGGCACAUAUUUUUGUGGCAAUUUGAAUUUACUACAAUAUUUUAUCAAGAAGUACUUUCUGCCUCUAAGUAUUCAAGGUUACCGGAGUGAACAGUUUUUAUCAAAACAUGAGGGUACUAUGAGAUAAAAUUGAAAUCCGUAUUGGGUCUCCUUUUUUAGAAAAUAAAAUUUUUUAUCAGGACAACAAUACUAGUUUCAGACCUGGUGGCUUGAUCUAUUGUGCCUUUAUACCUUUCCUCUCCUUGAAAGAAUAAAGCUAUUCACAUUUUUAGGAAAUUAUUUUUUAAAGUUUACCAUCAACUGUUUAUAGUGCUUUGUGUACGCAACCCUGUUUUGCCUUACAAGUGAUAUUUUCAGAUUUUCCACGGCUUCUCUAUUCUCGGUGACUCCUUCAUAGCACCAUUUAUGCUCUCCCUCUAAAAACUUUCCUUUUUAUUUUAUUUUUUAAUGGCUGCACCCAUCACAUAUGGAAGUUUCCAGGCCAAGGAUGAUUGAAUCGGUACUGCAGCAGCUAUGACCUAUGCCACAGCUGUGGCAACCCAGUGCGCCAGGACAGAGAUUGUCCCAUUCCUCUGCAGUGACCUGAGCCACUGCAGUCAGAUUCUUAACCUACUGCACCAUAGGGAUAACUCCUAAAAACCUUCCUGAUUGAUUCAAGUGAAUGAAAGUGAAUGUUUUGGGUUUUUUGUGUUCCUACAGAUUUUUUUUUUUUUU